GCCUGGCUUCUGAUGCACUUCUUUUCCCGAAAGCCUAAAGAUAGAUGUUUCGAUUUCAGUCCCUGGAUGAAGACUGUACGCUGGAGGAGGAAGAUGUGGGAUUGGCAGCAGAGGAAGAAGAAAUCGACCAGUUCAAUGACGACACCUUCGGAGCCGGGGCCAUCGAUGAUGACUGGCAGGAGGAACACAAACGCCUCGCAAACCUUGAUGAUCGGGAUGAGCAAGGAGCUGAAGGAGGAGGAGGGGGAGGAGGGAUGGAGAGAGAAUCAGAUUUAGGAGGAAGAGAUGACUCAACCUCUUCCCAUCUCUCUACCUAUGCAGGCCAUCAUUCCCUUCCAUCUUCUCUUCCGUCACUCAACUUCUCCUCGUCUGCCUCUGAACUGCCUCCACCAGAUGUAGAGGAUCGAGGAGGGGAAGGUGACUUGGCAGAGUCCCUGGCCAGACUCAUCUUGGAGGCAGACCCAGCCAUCGCUGGGGUCGGAGCCACUGAGAGGCCCUGUCCAUCCCUGAGCUCCACAGCAUCCACCCUUACCACUUUCCACAGGUUGGAUCAACCCAGAGUCCUGCCGCAGCACUCCAUCCCAAAUCCCACCCACUCACAUCAGCCUCCACAACACCCUCAGCACCAGCUGCCUCCUGGGCCCUCCAUCUCAGGCAUCUCCCUUGGUCCUCCUUCACCAUCAAUGCUCAGCUACCAACAGCAGCAGCACAUGCUGCGCAGAGGGUCUGCUCCAAUCGCCCAGAUGAACUCUCACAGUAUCUGGGAGAACAAUAUGGGGUUCGGGCCCGUCAGUGUCACCCCAGGACUUGUCACGCACAUGGAGGAUAGUCCACUAAUGUCUAUCAUCAAAGAGGUGGGCCUUCCUAAGUUACCUCCUCGGGGUAGGAAUGAUGAAGGACUGGAUUUGUCAGAGAGGGUACCACCACCUCGGUGUUCUUCCCCUGUGAUUGGUUCCCCUCCGGUGAGGGCCGUGCCUAUUGGGACCCCGCCCAAACAGCCAAUGAGCCACAGUCUAAAUCAUCAGGCGCAUCAUCCCACAGCAGUUCAUGUGAGAGCCCCGGUCCAGCACAGAUACCCUCCUCCUUUUCCUGAGCGUCUGUCACCCAACACCCUCCUCAACUUAGCUAACUCUCCGCUGUGUCGCAGCCCCUUCCCUCCUGGAGUUGUCCCAGUUCUGUCUCAGAUUCAACGGGCCAAGCUGCUCAACUCUCAAGUGGCUGGUUUCGUCCAUGGCGGGCCACCCCCUCCUUUGUUACCAGGUGGUGGAGUUUUCAGGCCAUUUUUCGGGGGCCCUCCUCCUCCACAUGGUCACCGAAUGGGCCCACUGCCCCCUCAUUGUCCCCCUAACCACACGGCACCCAUCCGCCACAACACCACCCACCUCCACCCUCAGCACAGACGCAUGCUCACCCAGCGCAUGCAGAGCCGAGGAGGGGAUCGUGGCAGGACUGGAGGGGACCGGCACAGCAGGGACCCCUACAGUAAUCUGAUGACUCAGAAGGAGAAAGAGUGGGUAACAAAGAUCCAGAUGAUGCAACUGCAGAGUACUGACCCUUACCUUGAUGACUACUACUAUCAGAAUUACUAUGAAAAGAUGGAGAAACGGCAGGAAAGAGAGAGAGACAGCAGCAAGAAGGAAUACACCACCAAACUCAUCACACCACAGGUUGCUAAGGUUGAACACACCUACAGACCAGUUCAGUUUGCAGGAUCUCUGGGUAAACUGACGGUCUCUAGUGUCAACAACCCCCGCAAGAUGAUUGAUGCUGUGGUGACCACUCGCACAGACGACGAGGAGAAAAGAGAGAAGCAGGUUUGGAAUAAGAGGCGACAGAUCCUGUACACUGUGGAGAAGAUGUACAGUUUGCUGCUGGAGGUUCAAGACUUUGAGAAACGUUUUCUCCAGGCCCCAGAGGAGGACAGGGAGGCUCUGCUGGAGCAGCAUAAAACCAACACAGUGCAGCUGUGCAACUCUCUGCGAGAGAAGGAGUGGGAUGAUAGAGUAAGUGAUGAGCAAUGUGUGAUGAUCAUGUCAGUGAGGAAGGGCAAGCGGCUCAUAUCCAGGCUCCUCCCCUUCCUGCCCUCACCCCAGGCCACCGCCAUUGUCAUGGCGAUUGCACGCAACCUUCCUGCCCUGGCCAAGAAGGACAAGCAGGACCAGGUGCUUUGCUGGUUAGUGGAGCCCCUUUCUGCUGUGAUCCAAUCACUCUCUAGCUCCGCCAUCACGGACCUGCUCCAGGAGCUUCAAGGCAGCGAGGGCCAACUGGCCACAGUACUGCAUAACAAGUUUGGUGUGACACUUCUGUAUCUGAUCCUGAGUGAAGGAGAGAAGAUGCAAAGUUCAGACCCCAACUGUCAACUCAUGGAUGACAAUCGAUGGACUGAGUUGGUAUUUGCUGUGACAAGGGAGCUGCUCAGUGUUCCCUCCUCGUCCCUCUCUCCUCCCCUCAUUACCCCUGCCAACCUGCUCUCCCUCUUCUCCCGCUAUGUCGAUCGGCAGAGGCUGGAGCUGUUACAGAACAAGUUACAGAUCUCUUCAUUGUCCAGGUAGAAGUUACUACAGACAUCAACACGUCCCCUCCCGAUGCAGACCUUUCUUUUUGUGUGUAAGAGGGAAUGGUGUGAGUAAGUUAUGAGGUGAAUCCAUUGUGGGUCAUUUUAAUCCAGCAGAGAGAGGUGUGCGCGCGCGUGCGUGCGUGUGUGUCUGUCUCUCUGUCUCUCUCUCUGCGCAUGAGAUGGCUGAAAGACUAUUAAAAAUUAAAUCUGCAUUUUAAAAUAUCUUGUUUGAAUUAUGCCUGUGAUGAACCUUCAAAUUAAAAAUAUUUCUAUUAUAUAAGAAUGUGAACUCCGAUAUUUGCUAUACAUCAUAAUUUUUAAAGUCUUGGUCUAGUGUACUAGGGCUGGGCGAUAUGACUUCAAAUCAAUAUCCUGAUUAUUUCAAACUUUAACCUUGAUUACGAUUAAUUAAUGAUUUUUUUGUCAUUCGGCGCAUUACUUAGUGUCGUUCAACAAGUGACUCUACUCUUCUCCUCACUCACACGAAGAACUGAUCUUUAUAAUAACCUGCUGAAUUAAUCAUUUUGUUCCUGGAUAAACUAGCAGGGCCUCACUUAUUUUACAACAAUGAAGUUAAAAUACUGCAUUGCAUCACAAUCUGCGGGAAGAAUCAUCUUCAUGAAGCCACCACUGAAUCAUGAAUCCGUAUCAUUCAAGCCACUUUAACCCUGAUGUCCUGGAUGUGUUUGUGACGUUACCUUGUGUUGUAUGCGAACCAAGCAAGCAAAAUGUUGGCUUUUUUGCCAAUGUGUUGAAUUCUUGUCUCCUAAACUUAAGUUUAGUUAUUUUAUACUUUGUAUAUUACAAAUAUUGAAUAAAUAGUGUAAUUAGUGAAUAUCCGCCAAUCCUCUUGUCUGUGAACACCAGAUCAUUAAAGUGUAAACUGGACAUACGUGACGUGA